AUGGAAGAACGAGAAGCACAGCUGCAAAUAGAAGAUGAGGUCAGAUCUAUGGGAAUCGAGCAGAUGCGUGAGUACUUUUAAUUUUUCAAUUUAAUUUUGAUGUUGUCAAUUAUUAUUUUUUCAGGAAGAGAGAAAGCGUUACUCGCUAGUGAAUUGAAGUCCAUAGAAGCGCAGAUUAGUGAUCUUGCUUUUAAUAAUUAUGGAACCUAUGCUGACGCUGGUAGAGCUACUCACGACUGCUCCAAAGUUGUAAGUUACUGAUUCUUAAUUAUAAAAAUUGGUUAAAAAUUUGAAGUUUCACGAGAUGCGUGAUAAAACCGACGGGCUGUCAGCAGAAAUAUCGCACAUGAACGAGGAAUUUCAAAGCUUUCGUGCAAAGUCAAAAGCUUUGAGUGCCGAGCAGGAAUUGAUUCGGAAAGCGAUUGAUAAAUCGAAUCCUGUUUGGGAAUUGUUGUCUCUACCUUCAGUAAGUUGAUUUUUGAGGCAAAUGGAGGGUAAAAAAAUAUUUUGCUUAAAUAUAGCGAUUACACGUUUCUCAAAAAGGUUAAUAAGAAGAAUUUAUUGAGAUUUUUUUUCGAUGUCAAGUUGUUUUAUCUGCCUCUAAUUUAUUUGUUUUAUUAAUAAUUUGUGGAUUUGCGAAGAUUUUUUUUAAUUCCAGAGAAUGGACAUUUGCAUCCGGGCCGGAUAUUACGAUUCGGCGUAUUCCUUGACCAACUACGGCAUGCAAUUGCAACAACAGAGCGCCUUGAUUAAAGAACCCAUUAAUUAA